GGCCCCUGAGCAGUGCACAGGAGCUAGACUGUGAGCUACUCUACUAAAGUUUGUUUGAGGAGCAACUGUAGCCUACAGGCUUACUUCACACGCUGUCUCCACUGGUGUGCGUCUGGCGUCUGUUCUGAACCAAAGAGGCGGUCCCCGGCGUCACGUCAUAUCAUCCGCCGCGCUCUGAUUGGCCAGCGCUACUCACCCGACACAGCUGUGAUUGUUUUCUGCAGAGGAAGCGCUCCGCACCGCCUCGGGUUCCCCAGCCUUCGCUUGUGACUGUAUGAACUAACGAUGAUGUGAGGGAAAUCGCGGUGAUAUUUGGGACCUUGUUGCGAACAACGAGUUUCAGAACAGGAGUUGUUUUUUGUUUUUUGUUUUUUUAAUUUGUGGACAACGCGAGUGAAGACACCUGAAGAAUAAGUGCCAAAUGCCGAGACUUGAGGACCACUGCUCUUGUACUUCUAAACACUUAUCUGGAGCCAAGUGGUUCGUAUACAAAGCCGAAGAAAUGAUGUCCCUCAUCACCUCCAUGCUGAGCCAAGCCUAUGGCUCUCUGCACGACGUCCGCACAGCCAACCUCAUCCGUCGGGGUCUGGUCCUGUUCACGGUGGGAGCCAUCCUCGCCCUGGUGCUCAACCUGCUGCAGAUCCAGAGAAACGUCACCUUGUUCCCUGAGGAGGUCAUGACAACUUUGUUCUCUUCUGCCUGGUGGAUCCCGCCAUGCUGCGGCACAGGGGCAGCUGUGGUGGGCCUGCUGUACCCAUGUCUGGACAGUCACCUGGGAGAGCCGCACAAGUUCAAGAGGGAGUGGGCCAGCGUCAUGAGGUGCAUCGCUGUGUUUGUCGGUAUCAACCACGCUAGUGUUAAGCUGGACAUUGAUAACACGGUCCAACUGUCCCUCACCCUGGCAGCCCUGUCUUUGGGCCUUUGGUGGACAUUUGACCGCUCCAGGAGUGGAUUUGGUCUGGGCAUCACCACAGCUUUCCUCGCCACGGUUAUCUCACAGGUUCUAGUCUACAACGGAGUCUACCAGUACACUUCUCCAGACUUCCUGUAUGUUCGCUCGUGGCUCCCAUGUAUUUUCUUCUCCGGCGGAGUCACUGUGGGAAAUAUUGGACGUCAGCUUGCUAUGGGCGGUGUUGAAAAACUUCACAAUGACUGAAAACUGACCUGCAGAAGAGCAAAACAGCCAAAAAUAAGGGGACAAGAAUGCAGCAGGAAAUGGACAAAGUUUUGAGAUGGAACUCUCCCAUCAUCAUUUGCUCUCAUAACAAGGUGCUGGUCAAACCAGGCCUUCACACAGUGCCAUGUCCUCUGCUCCGCCCGGUGGCCAUAUUGCCCAUCUGCAGCUUUCCUCCAUGAAGACCAGCUUCACCUGACUUGUGUUCAGGAAAUGAUCCUGCUCUUUCACAAACUCAUGAGUGCAUCAUGUGUGCUGUGGUUGCAUUUUUACAAAAAGGGAAAAGGGAGGAGUCCAGUGUCUCCAAAAGUAUAGCCUUUUAUUUUAAGAUCAGAUUGAGUAUUUCUUUUUGAUUGACCCAAAACAGGAUUGUAAGAUGCCAAUUAGUUUUUGACAAAUAGUUUUAUGUUGAAAACAAGAUUGCCAAACUACCGACAGUUUCUUCUGAAAAGGUUUUGAGAUGGUUAAUCCCUGAUAGAAGUGGGAUAACCUGGCAUUUCAGUAUGAGGAAUGUUUUUUCUUGACUUUUCCAAGCGUUCUAUUAGACACAUGACUGUCUGAUAUGUACCAGGUGGUGACUUCUCUCUUACAUCUGAAGUCUGGUGAUAAGAGUUUGGGAAUCGUGAUGGCCUCAAAAGGGCAGGACAUUUGUUACUUGAGACAAAAAGAAUUGCAAUCUGUGAUUGCCUCUGUAUUAUAGAAAGUAGUGCUUUUGUCACUAUAACAGUUUUGUUUUAUUGUACAACAUAAAGAUAGCACAUUAUGAAUAAUGGCUUAUAAUCAAACCGGUAUUGUCAGACUAGACCAACAGUAUGGGAGUAGACAGGGUCUAGGGGACAAAGUGCAAUCAGUAUAUGUGAGCCAGUUUGUACCUUAUUUAUUUUUCUGACAGUGACUAAAAUUGUAUGCAGUGUGGAUAUAUUGGGUUUGGAGACUUUCAGGAUUUGAUGCCUUUGGAGUUAAAAGCAGUGGCCCUCACUCUGAGGAAAACCCGUACAGUAAACAGAUCAGAUAUUGUAGCAUUACUGAAGGAAAGCUGAUUUAUUUUUGAAUGCUCUGUGGUAGAUCAAACAUUCAGGUGUGCUAAAUAAGAGAGGAAGCUUUAUUUUUAAGGUGGUGAAGCACCUUUUUGUUCUUUUAUUGAGUUUUGUGUGUCUGUGUAUCAUUUUUGCUACUUAAAAUAAAUACAAAUAAUACCAAAA